AUGGCUCCUCAACCGAAAAGGCCAGAGAUGCAGCUGCAGAUCCCCCAAAUCCCAAAUUUCCCGCUCUCGUCCCCGAUCACUGAGGAGAUCUCCAGCCCGGCCGCGUCCUCGGAUGAAGACAGAGAGAUGGAACGGAGUCGUCCCUUCGACUACCUGGCCAAGCUGUCGGAGAAGAACGCGUUACUUAAGACGGAAUCCACAGGCGCGGGGCGCGAUCGCUUGGUGGAACGCGAGAUCGGUGUGUUUGAUAGUGCGCGGAGAGCGGCGCAGGGAAAGGUGGAUGGCAGCGGCGCCGGGAUUGAGAGGAGGAAUGUGGAUAAACCCAAGGGGUUGAAUUUAAUCACGGAUCUUCCGGUUGGAGUUCCCAAGAUACAAACCGGGGCGGCCGGUCCUAUGUUUGUGGAUCUGAAUGAUCUGAAGGUGUUGUCGAGAGUUCGCGAGAGAGAACGGUCCGCGCAGAAGAUCAGGGGCAUCCUGAAGAAUGGGACGGCUCAAGGCUUCCAGCGACUACCCGACGAGGCGUCCGAGCCGGGGAGAAGGCGAUUGUCCUGGCUCAGGUCGGAGAUUACAACGUCGCCGAAGAAGAAGAAGAAGUAUAAGGAUGAGCUGUCGCCUUCUGAUCGGCCCAUCAUGAUCGGGUAUACGGUACCAUUCGAGGAAUCGUCGCAGUCUCUAGAGGACAGAACAAAGGGACUGGACAGCGCUGGGAGCCAGCGUACGCCUUUGACGCCUUCGAUUGUUGUAACUCCCGCUAAAGACGAGGGCUUCUGGCAAGGUCUUGCUCCCGAGAUCCAUCGUCCCAGGGCGGCCUCCAGUAUCUAUUCUCAGCGCACGUCAUUCCUUGGAAGUGGCAGGCCUGAGGUUCCACCUGUGCCAGCCAUACCGGCAUCUCAUUUCGAGGAGAAGGAGAGUCAUUCCAACGUGUCUCAGCGGGAGUCUGUCCUGUCAACAAGGAAGCAACGCUCGUUCUCAACUGGCACCGUGUUUGAGGAAGAUGAUGGUCCGCGACAGGGACUGCGUGCUCGUUCUUUCUCCACGGAGAGCUCGAAGAGAGGGCUGGAUCGACUGAGUCUGAUGACGGAUACCAACCGACACCAAUCCCAGGGCUGGUGGACUUAUCUCCUGUCGCCUAUGCUGGGACGGUCAAGCACGAUAGCCAGUAGAUCGACCCCGACCAAAACGGAGCGGCCUCCCAUGCCGACGCUCCUCACGACCUCGACCGUGUCAAGCGAUGAGUGGUGGGAAAAGGAAGUCUCGUACUUCUCGCCAGAUACCCCUGAGACGACCGUUGCCACAAGAGGCGAAGUGACGAACUGGCAUGGGGAUGAUGCUAACCCCUUCGCGGAUGUCGACUCCACGCAUGUCACCACCGCCCAUGAGAAGAAUACGGCUGAGAUGAUGUUCCCGGGGGAAACGAUUCAGGGCGCAGCUGCUGAAUACUACCAGGCAUGCGCCCAUGAGCUAUUCAGCGGAAGACCGUACUUUGAAUGCAUCAACCAUGUUUGUUCCAUCACGCCGAAGGAUAGGAUCCCGGUUCUGCUUGGGGGUUCUAUUGCCGAGCCAGCGAGUAAUGAGAAGAAUCUCCUUAUUGACGUCGAUGAUAAUGUGUCUCAAUCUGGUCCUGUGAAUCCUUUCGAAAGCGCCUCGCAUUCUGGCGCUCGUUCGAUAUCUGGGACCACCGCUGUGGAUGAUCCACCCGAGUCUCCUUCCAUUUCGAGUGCGGGAAAGAAGAAUCUGGAGGAGGUCACACUAGGAGGACCGAGAAGCAGCCCUCAUGCGCCAGAACACAUUGAGAGAGAACCUCCUGCCUAUGCAGUGGAUCGACCGGAGAAACAAGCCUCUCACCUUUUCUUCCAACCAACGAACACUAUCACUCCUGCGGCCACUAACAUUAAUAUCCAACCACCUGCACCACUACCACCGGCCUCUGGAGCUCCGCAGGAGAGAAUCAUCCCUCAAUAUAUUGUUGUGCCACCUCCGAAUCAUGGCGGGCAGCCCCAGCCACAAACCCCAGACGCCACGUCUCCGGGUCUACAGCAAGCAACAGUGAGGAGUGGGUCAAUUCCAUUAACUGAGAUGACUUCUGGCCCAACCCCAGCCUAUACCUCCAACCGCAGCGCCUCUCCUGCACUGCCGCCUCGUAUAGAUCCUGUGCCCAUCACUCGAGAGCAGAUGACGCACCCUUGGUUCGAAAGGGAGAGGAUCGAAACCCGGCGACGAAGACUGGAGAAAGAGGAUGCUAUUGGCAGGAAAGCUGGUGGACUUUGGCGAGGAAGAGGCUGUUUCAGCAGCAAAGGCUGCUUCGGAAGGCCGGGAAGAGAAGGGCGCCUGAGACGUCGAUGGUAUAUGGCGAUCACGACUUUUUUUGUCCUGAUUGUGGUAGUCGCCAUUAUCCUUGCAGUCAUGCUGACCAGGAAAGGGGACGGGACACCUGUUCAGUCGCAGUGGCUCAAUUUGACCGGCUAUCCACCGAUGCCGACUGGCAUUGCGACAAUAGCAGGCUCAGAGCCACAAGUCCAAAACUCAGGAUGCAUCACUCCAUCCACACUCUGGAGCUGCGCUCUGCCGCCGGAACAGCAGUCAACCAACAAGCCGUACGCGCCGAACCAGCCCAGCUUCCGAGUCGAGAUACGAUUCCGUAACGGGACCUAUGCGAACAGCACAACGGUUGCCUCCACUUCAAGCCACAAGAUCAGAGAUACAAGCGGAUCAUUCAACCCGUCGCCAUCACCCCCGAGCAUCAAGGACCAGACCUUCCUGGGCAACACGACCGAUCAAAACGCCAUCCCCUACGCAGGCGAAGAGACCCCCUUCUUCAUCACCUUCCUCUCGACCACCUCCCUCUCUUCAUCACGACUGUCCCGCCGAUCCAACACCUCCUUCCCAGACAUCGAGUCACUCAUCCCAUCUCCCGAUCUCACUUCCGACGGCACAGCCGCAGCCGCUACCCUCUACCCACUCCCUGAAUCCCAGCCCGUACGCCUCUACAACCGGGGCCUGGACACAGAACACUACGGCUUCUACACGUACUUCGACCGCUCCAUCUUCCUCGAGACCCUUGCCCCGCUCAACGGCAGCACAACAGACAACUCCGCCGCAGACGCCAACGGCGGCGCCAGCGAGACGGACGCCCGCGUCCGCUGCACAUGGGCACAGACUCGCUUCCUCGUGCAGAUCUGGACGCAGCCGACUCGCGCGGGCAAGACACUCCUCCGCAGUAACCCCAGCGCCAGCGCCAGUGCCAGUGCUAGUACCACACCCACCCCAUCGUCUCGGUCAUCUACCUCUCCCGCCUCAGAGACGAGUAGCCCGACCGCAUCAUCCUCCGCCACGGACUUCACCCGGCCGGGAUCAUUCCCGUACCCGGUGACCAUUACGGUGGACCGGCACGGCGGCGCUGCGAAGGAGAAAAUGGUGUACUGCUACGCGAUGGAGGAGAACCAACAUGUCAACUCGACGGAGAAGAAGCUGCAGAUCGAGGACAGGGGGUUCGGUGGGAAACUGGUCAACCCGGCGCCGGGUAUAUUCAACCUCACCUCUUCGUCGGACGAGGGUUCGAUGCAGGAUGGAGUUGAUGGAGGGACGGGGGGUUGUUCGUGCCAGUGGGCGAAUUGGGUUUCUAGGUCGUGA